GCACUGGUGGGCAGCACUGGUGGGUGGGCACAGGUGGGUGGCACUGGUGGGCACAGGUGGGUGGGCACAGGUGGGUGGCACUGCUGGGCACAGGUAGGUGGCACUUCUGGGCACAGGUGUGUGACACUGCAGAGUGGCACAGGUGGGUGCACUGCUGGGCACAGGUGGGUGCACUGCUGGGCACAGGUGGGUGAUCUGCUGGGCACAGGUGGGCGGAGCUAGUGGGCGCACUGCUGGGCACAGGUGGGCGGAACUUGCGGGUGGCACUGCUGGGCACCGAUCAUCAGGGCACUGAUCAUCAGUGCCCUGAUGAUCGCGUGUCAUUGGACACCGCUGAUCACGUGGUA